AUGCCAGGAGCGGUGGUAGCAGCAGCAGCAGAAGUAGCCAUCCUUGCGGGUCUGGGCCUGAGCAGUUUGUGCUGUGUCUGCGGACGCUGUGCUGCAGCCACCGCAGCAGCAGCCAGCAGCAGCAGCAGCAGCAGCAGCCAGCACUCGCUUGACGGCGAGUUCAUCUCGGGGCCGCUGCAGCCUUUAAGGGGAAUGGUGCUGCUGCAGAAGUUGGAGGCCGACGUGAAGACAAAGGGGGGGCUGCUGCUGCCCACGGAAUCCCGUCAAGAGAAAGUGCUCGGCCGCGUGCUUGCUACAGGCCCUGGGGAGCUGCAUCAAGAGACCGGGAAACGCAUUGCCUGCGCAGUCAAGGAAGGCGACAUCGUUGUCUACCCAAAGCACUCUGGAGAGGCACUGAAGUACGAUGGAUCUGACUGCGUGCUGCUCUCCGGCGAGGAGCUGCUGGCCAAGGUCUCUCAGCCUCAAGUGCUGCAGCCUUCUGACGUGCAGCCGCUGGCAGACACCGUGUUCGUGCGCGUCUUGAAGGCUUCGGAUAAGAGCGCUGGAGGGUUGCUGCUGGUCUCGAAGCAGCAGCAGCGGCUGAUGCAGCAGGCGGAGGUUGUGGCUGUCGGGGAGGGGAGGUUGUCGCAGCAGCAGACACGUAUCCCAAUUGAAGUUUCGGUGGGAGACAAAGUUGUUUACUCCUCUUAUCUCGAAGAGUCUUCGCAGCUGAAAAUCGGCGAAGACACUUUUGCCUUCAUCAGAGCUGCUGAUAUUGCUGCCAAGUGGUAG